AUGUCACCAAUAACGCGUAGCAAGACAAGUCCAGUUCGGUUUCUCUUUUCCGAGUUUCCUACAUUCCUUGACCUUGAAUUAGCUUAUUGUAAAGCACUUCCUCGACUUCAACAAGAUGCAGAGCAAAUUCUAGAAAAAAGGUUGGAAGAAAAUGAAGUCAAAGUUCAUUUUUAUAAUCCUAGCGCGUCGCCAGAAUAUUGGUUUGUUAAUAAUAGAGAAGCAUUGGAAGAAGUUGUUUAUUAUAAAAUGAAAUUUAGGUUGUUUCUGAGAUAUAAAAAGCAAUUUAUGGAUAAAGGAAUUGAUGUUUCAGAAUGCGUAGAAUUAAAAUUACCACAAAAGAGAGUACUUCCUCAUAAGGAAUUAUUUUCCUGCGGUACUCUUCCAGUAAUGAAUAUUUAUAAUUUUGGUCGACAUUCAACAAAAGAAGGGUAUGAAAAGGAAUACAGUUUCUUUCAUGAAGAAGAAGCAGCAUCAUCUUCAACCGUCUUUUAUCAAUCACCACCAACACCACGUAAUUUUAGUUUUCUCUCUCACUCGUUCAAAUUCGAAUCCAGUCAAACACUUCUUGGAGACUACACUGAUACCGAAAUUGAUGAUACAGCACCACCUAAUUUAGAUCAUCAUCAUAAUGGACGUGCGCAAUUUUUUAGCAACAUUUUACAUGUAAUUAAUUGUCAUCAAUUUUCUAUCAAUUGGCUGUUUAACGAUAAAAUUUAUUUUGUAUUGAUGGUCUUAAUUUCAUUUUCGGUAUAUGGGUAUAUGUUACAAGUACAACAACAAAAAAUUUUGAUAAAAGGAAGGUUAGAUGGCACGGUUAGGGUACAAGUGCAAGAAUUCAUUGAACAAGAGAUGUUAAGAGUUUCUUCAACAUCACCAGCUAAAGUUCGAAAAGGAUUAAGUAAUGAUGAGCAUGUAGAGAAAGAGAAUGAUGUAGGACUACUUGGAUAUGUUAGAACGCAAUUACAUGAAGUCCUCCAAGAACAAUUAGAGAAAAUGAUGGAAGGUACAAGCGCGGAUUAUGCUUUGUAUACAGGUGGAGCAAGAAUUUUACCUCAAUUAACAUCACGAACUUAUGAGAUAUGGCCAAGUAAAUCUUAUCAACGCGUUUGGGGUAGAUUAACACAUCGGAACGUUAUUACCAGCAAAAAACCAGAAAUCGUAUUAUCACCCAAUGUGAACGUUGGAGAAUGUUGGUGUUUUAAUGGUACAAACGGACAAAUUGGUAUAAAAUUGUCAAGAAGUAUUGUGGUGACACAUCUUACUUAUAGUCAUAUUGGAAAAGAAGUAUCAAUUGACCCUAUUUCAUCAGCUCCUUAUGAAUUUGAAUUGUGGGGUUUAAGUGAGAACAAAAGAGAUUUUAAGGUGUUUUUGGGCAAGUAUCAAUAUGAUUUAGAUGGUCGUCCCACACAAGCAUUCAAUGUACCUGAUGAGAUUGCGAAAAAUAAUAAUAAGAGAGUGGAUUCUGUUGUUAUGAAAAUUCUAAGUAAUCACGAAAAUUCUCAAUUUACUUGUUUGUAUCGGCUUCAAGUUCAUGGUGUUAUGCCUAAAUGA